ACGCUGGCGCCGGAACCUGGAAUCCCGGCUCCGGGAGGGAAGGCGGGCUGGCGGCGCGGCGGCCUCUUUGCGGCUCCGCGCGCAGCCAUGAGCGAGCCUGGAGCCAGUGCGCUCCCGCCGGGCAGGCCCAGCAGACACGGGAGCGUCCACCAAGGAGUGCAGCAGGGCCCGGAGGAGACGGCUCGCACCGCUGCGUGUGAUGUGUGCCGGGGGCGGAGCGUGCAAGACGGCCUCUUCUCGGCGGUGCCCGAGAACCUCUCUCUGGACUCCAGUAGCUUCUCCUCGCCGCCCGUGAACUUCCUUCAAGAAUUGCCAAGCUACCGGUCGGUGGCACGGAGGAGGACGACCAUCCCGGCCCGGGACAAGCAGAGCGGUGCUCUGCUGAAGCCGACGGACUCCUACAGCUCCCACGUGGAGGGAGGCAUAGCCGAGAACCUCAGCAGCCAGUCCCUUCGGAAGUACGCCCUGAACAUUUCUGAGAAGCGGAGGCUCAGGGACAUUCAGGAGACCCAGAUGAAGUACCUGUCCGAGUGGGACCAGUGGAAGCGGUACAGCAGCAAGUCUUGGAAGCGGUUCCUGGAGAAGGCUCGCGAGAUGACCACCCACCUGGAGCUGUGGCGGGACGACAUCCGCAGCAUAGAAGGGAAAUUUGGCACUGGGAUUCAGUCCUAUUUCUCCUUCUUGCGGUUCCUGGUGUUGCUGAAUAUGGUGAUAUUUCUGAUCAUCUUUACGUUAGUUUUGCUCCCAAUCUUGCUCACCAAAUACAAAAUCACCAAUAGCACUUUUGUGCUCAUUCCCUUCAAAGACACAGACAUACAGUGCACGUUGUAUCCCAUAAGCAGUUCGGGACUGAUUUACUUUUACAGUUACGUCAUAGACCUGCUUUCUGGCACUGGUUUCUUGGAGGAGACCAGCCUCUUUUAUGGACACUACACCAUUGACGGGGUGAAAUUUCAGAACUUCACCUAUGACCUGCCCCUGGCGUAUUUGUUAAGCACCAUUGCCUACCUGGCCCUGAGCCUUCUGUGGAUUGUGAAAAGGUCGGUGGAAGGAUUCAAGAUCAACCUGAUCCGCAGCGAGGAGCACUUCCAGAGCUACUGCAACAAGAUCUUCGCCGGCUGGGACUUCUGCAUCACCAACCGCAGCACCGCAGACCUGAAGCACAGCAGCUUGCGGUAUGAGCUCCGAGCAGAUCUGGAGGAAGAACGAAUACGGCAGAAAAUCGCAGGAAGGACCUCAGAGGAAACGAUUCGCAUUUACUCGCUGAGACUGUUUCUGAACUGCAUUGUUCUGGCCGUUUUAGCCGCGUGCUUUUAUGCGAUCUAUAUAGCCACUAUAUUCUCGCAGGAGCACAUGAAGAAGGAAAUUGACAAGAUGGUUUUUGGAGAGAACCUCUUGAUAUUGUACCUGCCGUCUAUUGUGAUCACGCUGGCCAAUUUCAUCACCCCCAUGAUCUUUGCCAGGAUCAUCCACUAUGAGGAUUACUCCCCGGGAUUUGAGAUCCGGCUGACGAUUCUCAGGUGCGUCUUUAUGCGAAUGGCCACCAUCUGCGUGCUGGUGUUCACUCUGGGCUCCAAAAUUACCUCCUGUGACAACGGCCCCUGUGAGCUCUGUGGCUACAACCAGAAACUCUACCCGUGCUGGGAGACCCAGGUCGGGCAGGAAAUGUACAAGCUGAUGAUCUUCGACUUCAUCAUCAUCUUGGCGGUGACGCUCUUUGUGGACUUCCCGAGAAAGCUCCUGGUGACCUACUGCUCCUCCUGGAAGCUGAUUCAGUGCUGGGGGCAGCAGGAGUUUGCCAUUCCCGAUAACGUGCUGGGCAUCGUGUACGGGCAGACCAUCUGCUGGAUCGGAGCCUUCUUCUCACCCCUUCUCCCAGCCAUCGCGACCUUGAAAUUCAUUAUCAUCUUUUAUGUGAAGGAGCUGAGUCUUCUGUACACGUGCAGACCCUCCCCCAGGCAGUUCCGAGCAUCCAAUUCCAACUUCUUCUUCCUGCUGGUGCUGUUGAUCGGGCUCUGCUUGGCGAUCAUACCUCUGACGAUCAGCAUGACACGUAUCCCUUCCUCAAAAGCCUGCGGGCCCUUCACCAACUACAACACCACGUGGGCGGUCAUCCCCACCACGGUGAGCACCUUCCCCAGCUCGCUGCAGUCCUUGGUCCACGGCGUCACGUCGGAAGCCUUCGCUGUGCCUUUCUUUAUCAUCAUUUGCCUCGUGAUGUUUUACUUCAUCGCCUUAGCCGGAGCACACAAGCGAGUGGUGGACCAGCUCCGAGAGCAGCUGUCCCUGGAAAGUCAUGACAAGCGCUAUCUCAUCCAGAAGCUAACGGAAGCCCAGCAGGAUCUGCGGCCCAGCUAGGCACGCGGGAAGUGGCCGCCGUGAGACGGGGCCCAGCCCGCAUCCCGGCGACUCUGCACACCCACCACGUCCGUCCGCCUUCUGCGUGCAGAUGUUAAAAUAUAUUGUUUGGAGUUGAGGCUUCUCCUAGAAGUGA